GUGCCAACAGUACAUUCACAAAAGGAUUAAUUCUCCAUCAAAAAUGUUCGUUAGUCAUGAAUGCAAAAACGUGAGGGCCUGCUAGUAUGUACUGUAAAUACAACAUGUAGUUGAAUGUCACCCAGAAGGCGGUUACGUUUUAAUGACAGACAGGAAAACUGGCGAACGAAACACAGCCCCUGUGUCUGAAUGUUGUGUUUGACAGCAGCAGCAGCCAAUCAGAGGCCAACAAAACCAUCUGUCCGGUUUCCUCAGUGAGCUCUGCAAGCGAGAGGGUGGGGGUCAAAGAUACGCAGAGAAACGGGCUGCUGGUGGCGAAGAUGGCGGAUGGGGACAGUGGCAGUGAGCGCGGUGGUGGUGGUGGUGGCAGCAGUAGCGGCGGCGGCGGUGGUGGAGGCGGUGGAGGAUUUCAGCAUUACCAGCGGGAAACAGAGACCCAGGAGCUGGCCUCGAAGCGGCUGGACAUUCAGAACAAACGCUUCUACCUGGACGUAAAGCAGAACGCCAAAGGCCGGUUCAUCAAAAUCGCCGAGGUUGGCGCAGGGGGCUCUAAAAGUCGGCUGACCCUCUCUAUGUCAGUUGCGGCAGAGUUCCGCGACUACCUGGGGGAUUUCAUAGAGCACUACGCCCAGCUUGGGCCUAGCACCCCGGAGCAGAUCGCUCAAUCAUCCGGCGGGGAUGACACCGGGCCUAGACGGGCCUUGAAAAGCGAGUUCCUGGUGCGUGAGAACCGUAAAUACUACCUCGACCUCAAGGAGAACCAGCGGGGUCGGUUUCUCCGGAUCCGACAGACCGUCAACCGAGGCCCCGGUUUCGGAGUUGGAGCGGGUGGCAUCCCCGGUGCUGGCCUCCAGUCCGGACAAACCAUCGCACUCCCGGCCCAAGGCUUAAUAGAGUUCCGCGAUGCCUUGGCCAAGUUGAUAGACGACUACGGGGGAGAUGAGGAGGAGCUGUCCGGCGGCGGAGGGUCCGGGGGCUACAGCGAGCUUCCAGAGGGCACCUCGAUCAUGGUGGACUCCAAGCGCUUCUUCUUUGACGUGGGGUCCAACAAGUACGGAGUUUUCUUGCGGGUGAGCGAAGUGAAGCCCAGUUACAGAAACUCUAUAACCAUCCCCUUCAAGGCGUGGAGCAAGUUCGGGGGAGCAUUCAGCCGCUACGCCGAGGAAAUGAAAGAGAUCCAGGAGCAGCACCGGGAUAAGAUGUACGAGAGGACACCUGGAGAGGAAUCGGAAGGCGACGACGUGGAAGACGAUUGAUGGAGAGUGACCUGUAACAAAUGGCUUGCCCAGACAGACCCACAACACCCAGAGCCACGGUCUCAGCUAUAGAGGGAAUCCUCUGCAUCUCAGGACAUCCACUAAGCCCAGCGAGGUCCCAUAAGGUGAUCUGUUACAAGCACAUUUAUCAUUUGGAUUCUCUGGACAGUCCAUUUGACUCCAAACGACCUCCUGCUCCCCCCUCUCCCUCCUGGGCAUCCCUCCGGUGCUAACCUCCUGCUCCGAUAGCUGAUACAUGGGCCUCCUCACGCGUGGCUCGUUUUGUCUCAGGACUGGCUAGUCCAAUCUGUAUUCCUGAGUAUAUUAGCAUUUCCUGUGCCUGUGCAUCAUCCUUAAGAGGUUCUGUCUGCAGAUCUGGUGAGCCAGGUGCUGCAGUCGAGACGUCUGUGGCAACUGAUGAUGUUUCAUAUGAUGCAGGCCCACGUUUCACCCCUGUGAUCUUUUCAUCAUAGGGGGCACGGUGAGCUCGGUCCUUUAGCACCCGUCACAAUUUUUCCAGUUAAAUCUUAAUGUGCCGGGCUUGAGCUAUUAUUUAAGGUGCGCCAUUUGGAUUCUUUAUUCUUGAACUCAGACCAUUAUUGAAGCAAUAUUCAGUCUGAUUGUAAGAAAGAAAUUAGGUCUUCUUGGAAAACAAAGCUGUUAACUUAAAAAAAUAUAUACUGGAAGAGAUUUACUUACUUAAUGAUCAAGUAUAGAUUUAAUUAUUUUUCAAAAGAGAUAUAUUAAAAGAUGUCUUUGGAAUUAUGAGACAUUUAUUAGAUAAUGCUGCCUAAAGUGGCUUAUUUAAAACACUAAACUUGGGUGCAACUGUCCAGGGUGAUAUUUCAUACCUGCUUUUUUCCUAACAUUUAUUUUAUUCCUGAGAAGAAAUUAAGAAGAGUACAAACACAUUGAUAACAGUAUGUUAUAGCAAUUUCUAGAAGCAACUUCACUGAAGUAGUUUCUCAGCAAACACUCAGCACUCCAGUUCACUUUACAAAGCAUCAAGUUGUCCCCUCGUUUCAAUCCACUCGUUUUAACCAUGUUUUGUCCCAAAUUGGCUUUCCAUCAGUCGCCAUAUGACGCAAACAAAAACUUGCAAUCAUUGACAUUUGUCUUCAGUGCUCCUUUUUAAAAAUAUGAUUAUUUCUGCAUGCAUGCUCUUAUGCGGAGCUGCCUUGUGUUCUUUAAUUUAGCAUAUUCUGAUUACUGUAUGAUGGUAUUUAUCCAUUUUUGAGAGCGGUUUAAAGUUUUAUUUCUUGCAAUGGAAACAUUUUAAGUUUACUUCUCAGCCUGAUAAAAAAAAAAAGCAACAAAGUCUCUGUGCUUUGGGGAAUGUUACUUUCAUUGUCCCACUUCCUUUCGUGUGUAAAUCUCUCAUUGAAUUGUAUUUGACCCACUUAAACACAGCAGAGAAAUGCCAUAUGAAAAAAGUUAACACAUGGGAGCAAUAGUUUUUUUUCUUCUUUUCUAUAAAUAUACUAUAUAUAAUAUUACACAUGAGAUUGAACUACAUCCUUCUUCCUGUACUGUGUUACGUGAAACGGCAGCUGUUUCAGUCAUGUGUUUUCUGCUGUAAUAUUCUACCGAGUUCCUUUCAACGAGAAAUAAAAAAGGUUUUUGCUCAGGA